UAGCGGCUUGGGUCAGAGCUGACAGAGACCUCUCAGGGAAAGGCUUUUGAUGCCACGGAAUUGAUUCGGGCACUGGGACCACUGAAGGAGGCACUCAGAUUACCAGCAACAACACACCAGUGACUCCACGAAGUGUUGACUGGUGCAAGUUGCUCAGUGCAGAGAGACACAGACACAGAGAUUUGCAGUUUUAUGAAUUCAGGAAGUUAGCAAAGAUACUGUUGAGGAAACAACACCAGGAAUUUGCAUCAUGACUGACAGUCGACUGCCAAAGCCAACGCCGUCGUCAGGACCCAGUUUGACUGCAACCAGAAUUGCAAUUCUAAUGCUACUGACUUUGCAAAUCACUCGUGUGGCGCCGUCCUCGGACACCGUCUCAGUCACGCUAAUGCCUUUCAGGAAAUCAGCAGAUGAAUCCCCACUGCGGAAUUAUCGUUCUGCAAAUGUCAACAAAACCUCGGAACGUUCUUCUUCUUCUUCGUCCUGGCAAGAAGAAGAAAGGGAAGAAGAAAAAGAAAUGGCCUUAUCAGCAGCAGCAGCGACGCGCUGCGACCGUCUUCUGUCACUGCGCCACCAACACUACCAGCUCCUAACUACGUCUGCGCGACUGGCCGAGACCGAAGAGCUGCUCUCCCUAGGACCUGGGUACGCUUCGGUCUACGGAGCCGCCCUCGGGGCGUUCCAGAGGGCGAGACGGAGCUACGAAGCGGCCUGGGAGGCUGUGCAGAGAGAUGCAGAUGGAUCUCCUUCCCUCUCCAUGAACCAGUGCUUCGCUGGUAGGCCAUGCGUACCAGGGGUCUACGACCGCGGUUGCUACAACUGCCUGCCUGGGAGAGAUGGGACUAUUCCACAAUCCUGCACUCACAGUUCAUCGAGAAACGCUCUCAUGAAUCUUGUUGGGGAAAGUCAUGUCGACAAUGUCAAGUCUUUGAGGUCAAUCGACUGCGUUGACGCAAGCCUCAGAACAAGACUUCAGGAUAUCCGCACUGAAAUGGAAUUCCUGAGUUUGCUAAUGGAUGAACUAUGCGCCCCUACAGGAGUUGAGAUGAAUUCUGUCUACCAGAACAUAUAUGACCAGUCUUAUUCCCUAGAAAAAAGACUGCAAGAUUUGAGGGGUUAUAUAAAGGCAUUCAAUAAGGAUAUCGUGGUGAAUUGCGACAUUACUAAAAUGCAAAUAAAUAAACUUCAACUAAUAAGUGCGUCCGGCAUAGAAAUAACCGUGAACGAUGAAAAUUUAUGUCCAAAAACAGUUUUCCUUACAGCAACACCUCAAGAGAUUGAUAACCAUAUUUGCUGGUACAUCAGCCCAGAAAUACAAUCAGUACCUCCAACAAAGCCAUCAACAGUUUCAGAAAUCAGCAAAUCCAGUUCUUCACCUUUCUCAAUAAUAUCAGAAAAAUCAACAACAGAAACAAGUACAGAAUCGGUGACAUCAUCACAAGAAUUGUCAAGUGAAUUGACAGGAACAAAACCAACCACCAGUAGUGUUUCAGAGGGAACCACAACAGAGGGAACCACUGUCUCUAAAACGACUUCUAACGAAACUAUAUCAUCACAAGAAUUCUCAAGUACUCAACCAACCACCGCCAGCAUUUCAGAGGGAACCACUGUCUCCAGCACAACUUCCAAUGACACUACACCAGAGCAUCCAACCACUUCCAGCAUUUCAGAGGGAACCACAGUCUCCGGCACGACUUCCAAUGAAACUACAUCAGAGCAACCAACCACCUCAAGCGUUUCAGAGGGAACCACAGUCUACGCCACAACUUCCAAUGAAACUACAUCAGAGCACUCAACCACCUCCAGCGUUUCAGAGGAAACCACUGGCUCCGGCACAACUUCCAAUGAAACGACAACAGAGCACCCAACCACCUACAGCGUUUCAGAGGCAACCACUGUCUCCGGUACGACUUCCAAUGAAACUACAUCAAAGCACCCAACCACCUCCAGCGUUUCAGAGGGAACCACAGUCUCUGGCACGACUUCCAAUGAAACUACAUCAGAGCAUCCAACCACCUCAAGCGUUCAGAAGGAACACCAAGUCCUACCGUUCACAACCGUUUCCAAUGUAAAACACAAUCAGAGAGCACCCACCACCUCAAGCGUUUCAGAGGGAACCACUGUCUCCGGCACGACUUCCAAUGAAACUACAUCAGAGCACCCAACCACCUCCAGCGUUUCAGAGGGAACCACAGUCUCCGGCACGACUUCCAAUGAAACUACAUCAGAGCACCCAACCCCAAAAACACCUCAAGCGUUUCAGAAGGAACCACAGUCUCCGGCACGACUUCCAAUGAAACUACAUCAGAGCACCCAACCACCUCAAGCGUUUCAGAGGGAACCACUGUCUCCGGCACGACUUCCAAUGAAACUACAUCAGAGCACCCAACCACCUCAAGCGUUUCAGAGGGAACCACUGUCUUCCGGCACGACUUCCAGAAACUACAUCAGAGCACCCAACACCUCAAGCGUUUCAGAGGGAACCACUGUCUCCGGCACGACUUCCAAUGAAACUACAUCAGAGCACCCAACCACCUCCAGCGUUUCAGAGGGAACCACUGUCUCCGGCACGACUUCCAAUGAAACUACAUCAGAGCCACCACAAGCCUUUCAGAGGGAACCCUGUCUAGGCACGGGACCACCAAUGAAACUACUCAGAGGCCAACCCAACCCCCUCAACUGCCUCCCCACGACUUCCAAUGACACUACUGCCACUACAUCAGCAGAUCACCCAACCACCUCAAGCGUUACAGAGGGAACCACUUUCUCCUCCGGGAACCACUGUCCCGGCACGACUUCCAAUGAAACUGCAUCAGAGGCACCCAACCACCUCAGCGUUUCAUAG